AUGAGGGCGCGCCGCGAAACGCUGGUGAUAGGGGCGCUGUGCGCGACGUGGUACGCUCUGAGCUCAGCCAGUAAUGUAGUUGGCAAGCUCGUGCUCACCGAGUUUCCGUUCCCGCUAACGGUGGCGUUGGUGCAGCUGGCAGCGACUGCGGCGUGUAGCGUACCCGUGCUAGCACUUUGCGGCGCCCCACCGCUGCCGUCUUCUUGCCGACUGCGCGCUCUGGUGCCCCUGGCGCUCGCCAAGUUCCUAACUACAGUCUUCUCACAAGUAUCCAUAUGGAAAGUGCCAGUCUCCUACGCUCACACUGUGAAAGCGACAACGCCAUUGUGGACGGCGGCUCUGGCGUGGGUUAUAUUUGGCGAGCGGCAGUCCCGCAGCGUCCAGACGGCACUGGUGGUAAUAGCCGCCGGAGUGGCGCUGGCCUCCGCCACGGAGCUUCACUUCCAGACCGCCGGCCUCGCUGCCGCGCUGGCCGCCGCCGCGCUGCUCAGCCUGCAGCACCUGCUGACUAAGCGCGUCAUGCAGGGAACGCGAGCGCACCCGCUCCGUCUGCUGCAGGCGCUCAGCGCACUCGCUAUGUUGGCGCUGGCGCCGAUGUGGGCGCUGAGCGAGGGCGGCGCAGUGGCCUCGUGGCGCAGGACGGGCGAAGGGUCGAGCGCGCGAGCGGGAGCGCUGCUGGCGGCGGACGGCGUGUUGGCGUGGCUGCAGGCCGUGGCCGCCUUCAGUGUUCUGGCCCGCGUCACACCGUUGGCCUACGCCGUCGCGUCAGCCGCGAAGCGCGCCGUGGUCGUGCUGGCGUCGCUGGCCGUGCUCCGCAACCCGGCGCCUCCGCUGAACGUGGCGGGCAUGACGCUGGCCGUGCUGGGCGUCUUGCUCUACAACCGCGCCAAGUUGAGCCGAUCGCCCGCGCCGCUGCUGCCCGUCUAG